AUGGCAAGUGGGCCUGUCUUGGCCCAGUGCCUUCCGCGCUUGGUGGUGUCCCUGCUUCUGGGCGUAGGCGUCGCGAGUUUCUUGGCGUCCAAGCACGUUGCCUUGCACACCAACCAGAGGACUGAUGGCUUGCGACGCCUGGCCAUGGCCACCACAACCACAACGACCACGACAACCACAUUGAAUUGUGCCUUGAAGGCCGAGGACGGCUGCAAUGCGUGCGGCUUCUGGAGUCAGUGCUGGAUGGAGGUUGCCGAGUAUCCGUGGUGGGACGAGCAAGGAACCCAUUGCCCAGAUGGCUGGGUUUACGACCCCGAGAGCGGUCAAUGCCGAAGCUGCUCUUGCAUGCAGGGCAAUGGCUAUUGGACCGAGAGGGAGUGCCGAGCCAAGAACGGUACGUGGUGUGGCCUCACCACAACCCCGACGACAACCACCACCACUACAACCACAAUCAGCCCCCUGAGAGGGGAUGGGAGGAUUUUCGAUCCCGUUCUCCAGGGUGAGUAUGCAUGUCGCGGUAGAACUCUGCAGGACAACAGCGUGAAUCACUACGAAGUGCACCAGGGAAUCGGAUCAUUGGAGGAGUGCCGCGAGCUCUGCUUGGGGAGCCUCCCUCGAUGCAAGGGAAUUGAGUAUGGCCACGGGCGCUGUGAAGUUUGGACUCGUCCUGAAGGCAUUUUCAAUGCUGUGCCGUUGGCAGGGACAGUCUGCGAGCGUUUCGGAUGGCCUGUCGCGAAGAUGACGGAAACCCGAGAUGACAUCGAUACUCGAUGCGUUAUUAACUCCCGGGAUGAAGGAGGUGAGGCCGAGGACGUCGACUGGCAUGAGAUUGUGGGAUAUGUGAAGAAUCCCAGCUGGGCUUUGAAGUUGGAAGACUGCAAGGCUAGAUGUGCCGCAGCACCGGUGUGCUUUGGCAUCGAUCUCCGUAGCUCGGGGGAGUACAACCAUUAUUGCGCGGUGUGGAAGCGCCCUGUCAAGUGGACAACAACCUACCGCUCGGGUACCCAUCAGUGCCUGACCUUCCCUGAGCCGAGAGGCUGGGAGGUUGUCAAGUCUGCAUCCGGCUCCAACGGACCCUGCAGAGGGCUGUCGCCGGAAGAUAACAACGCACAUCACUACACGGUCCGCAGCUAUCCGGAACUCCCGCUGACUUUAGCAAGCUGCCAGGCGCGGUGCGCAAGAAGCCGGAUCGGUCCGACUCCUUGUGUAGGCAUUGAGUUCAGCACUGCGCGAUGCGAACAGUGGAUCCGGCGGGAAGGUAUCUACCACGUUGCUGAGGGGCGGGCGGAGUUCACUUGUAUGCGCUACGGCUGGCCAGUAACUGCCUUGCAGCUGAUGAGCUCCGGCGGUGCCUGUCGAGGCGAUCACCGCACAGAUAACUCGAAUGACUACUUCGACGUCCAUGAAGCUACACAUGGACUUGAUGACUGCACUGCCCGCUGUGCCGCCUCUCCUGUCUGCUUCGGGGUGGAGUUUGCCCCGGAGGGCGGCCGCUGUGAAGUCUGGCGACGACCAAUCCGAGCCACGGCGCCAGUGCCCGGCCACGAGUGCUGGGCCUGGGCAAUCCAGGGAUUUUAA